AUGUCGACUGCAGAGUCUGUUGCCGGUAAGACGGACGGUCUACUUCGGAACCCUAUGUACAUCGGGAACGUGUUACACCAAAACCCCAUGUACGCUCCAAAUGCUGCACAGCCAAGGGCAGAUGGAGGUCAUAGUUGUGUGGUGUCUCAAUCUUGUCUGGUGGGUGUCAUUAUUAAAGGCCUGAUCGUGGCGACGCUAGCGGUUAUAACAGCACUUAUCAUCUCAAUCUACGUCCCAGCGAAGCAAGGCAGCUACAUGCAAACGACUACUUGGAUGAACACAAGUUUUGAAGUCAAGACUCCAACUAACGUAACCCAGUAUACAAACUACACAUCGCCUCCACAACCAGACAUCAAAGUGGAGGCUGUCGCAGUAUCGCCUGGCAACAAAAUAUUCGUGGCGGACACCUACAACAGGCAGGUUCAAGUCUUCAGCAAUAAGGGCAUCUCCCUCCGCCAUUUCCCCACCGUUAUCUCGGGGGAAAACUCCGAGACGAUGGAACCCAAAGACAUCUCCAUCGACGGGGAGGGUCAUGUGUGGGUAGUUGGGAAUGCGGACAGAAUGUCAGGGUUUAUUGUUCGUUACACUAAACUUGGAAGUCUCCUAACAACACUCCGCGCAACGUUCAGCAAUAAUUCUUUCUCCGGCAUGACGGUGGACACACUUCGUAAUCUUGUGGUAGCGACAGAGUACUGGUGGGGUUAUGGGGAAGUCAAGCUUCUGCAUUUCAAUGGUACUGUUGAGCACAAGUUUCGGGUGCAGCAAGGUUCGGGGUACCCCGGGGUGGUCGCUGUGGGACGUGAGGGGAACCUGUUUGUGUCCGACAGUAUUGGAGAUGCACGUGUCCAUGUCUAUAACAACAGGAGUCAGUACCUUUAUAGCUUUGGGGGUCACGACAUCGAUGAGGAAACUGACGAGAAUGAGGCAGACGAAGUCAUGGGAAUCUGUACAGACGGUUCAGGAAACGUUCUGCUGGUCCGGAUAGGCGGGGCGGUAGACAUGUUUACAGAAGACGGGCGGUACGUGCGCCUCGUUGUUACCAGUAGAGCUGGCGGUGUGGCAGUAGCCCCCGGUGGACAGCUGAAGAGCGGAAAGACACGUCGCCCGGGGAUGUUAAAGAGUCGCUACAGGAUGCUCUUAGCGGCGCUUCGGCUGAACACUCUGCCCAGGAUCAUGUACCUGGUCACAGCACUGACGACGGGGCAGAGCGUCCAUCGCUACCGACUGUAG